UUCGUGAUAUUAUUACUCUCGCUAUGAUUUAAUUUAAUCUUCGCUUUCUUGCUAUCGUUUUUUGUAGAAAUUCCUGAACAAGAUCAAAAAUUUGAUCCAAAAAUUGCUUUUUUAGUUUUAAGAAAAAUUCUCACCAUGAGAAGUUCUGUUUUAAUUUUCUUCUUCUGCGUCGCUCUUUACACCGCCGCCGCCCAACAGUCUCUAUACCAUAACUGCACCGGAGGCACGUUCGACUCAGCAGAUAGCGGAGGUUUCGGCGGAAGCCUCAGCGCGCUCUUCUCCAAACUCUCUUCAGCCUCCUUGGCCUCCAACGCUGCGAAUGACACUGCCGGCGCGGGAACCGACGCCGCCUACGGCCUGUACAUGUGCCAGGGCGACCUAUCCGGCUCCGACUGCCAGAGCUGCGUCCAGGUGGCGAUCGCCAAAAUCAACCAGUCCUGCGCCGGCUACCGGAGGGGAUUCAUCUGGUAUGACCAGUGCUUGCUCCGCUACUCCAAAGUUGACUUCUUCGGCCAAGUCGAUUUUGCCGGCGUCAUCAUGGUCAACAGCGAGACGACCAGCUCCAUGGAGCCCUACGAGGUGAUGUCGGCGUUGGUUGAAGAGGCUCCUUUCCGGCAGCCGCUCAUGUUCGCCUCCAACGCCUCCGACCUCUACCCGAUCUUCGCCAUCGCACAAUGCACCUCCGACCUCACCCCCGAUAGCUGCCAUGGCUGCCUCACCUCGAUCUUGAACUUCAUGCAGACCUGUUGCCUUCACAAAAGGGGCUGGCGCUACCUCUCACAGAGCUGCUGGAUCCGGUACGAGGCCACCCCCUUCUUUUCCGUCCCCAGUAAAACCGAGAUCAUCCGCAGUCGCUGCUCCGCCGACGACUUCCCCGCCGCCCUUCUCGCUUCUGAGCAGUCGAACCUCCUAGCUGUAGUCGCCGAAUUGGAAUCCAACGCCAAUUCGAGCGGCUUCUACAACACCACGAUACGCGAUCAGAGAGUCGGUGAUUUAUUUGGCCUCGCGCUGUGCCGGGAAGACCCUGCGGCGCUGCCGAGCAGCGCGUGCACCGGUUGCCUCCACAGAGGCAGGACCGCCAUCGCGAACGAGUGCACGAACAAGACGCAGGGGAUCAUGUGGUACGACGACUGCCUCCUGCGGUACUCGAACCAGACCAUUUUCAACGUGGUGGACAGCGAAGGGAGAACCUUUUGCAGCGGGGAGAGCGUCUCGUCGGACACCGCCAAUAUAACUAUUACCGGAGCUGGGGCAGUCGUCGAAGCGGCGGUCGGCAAUGCGUCGUUGUUCGCUUCCGGCAUUUUUACGUCACGUAACGCGAAUACGAGCUACGUGACGGCGCAGUGCACGAGGGAUCUCAGCAGGCACAAUUGCCGGAGAUGCUUGGGGGACGGGAUCAGGAUCGUGACGGAUAAUUGCACUCAGCGAAGAGGGUGGCAGUUCUUGUCCGGGAGCUGCAUGAUUAGAUACGAGGCGUAUCCUUUCUUUACCGAGAUGGCUCCGACGACCACAGUCCCUCGUGGCGGGCCUGGCGGCGGCGGCGGCGGUGGAAAUUCUUCGCCAGGAGGAGGAGGCAGGAGAUCAUCAAAUGUUAAAGUCAUUGCAAUUAUUCUUCCAAUUGUGGCAGUUUUGUUCCUCGGAAGCUGAGAAAAGAAAAAGGUGACCGAGUAAUCGAACCUCCAAACAGAUGAAUCUAUAUGUUAUGAACAACUAAAUUUCUCUCUUGAAAUGAUUGUUAAGAUGCAGUAAUUUCUUGUUACUUGACUUU